AUGCCUAGGGACAAUCUUUUGCAAUCUUCUCCACCGCCGAGUAAUCCCAUCAAGAGGAUUCACUGUGAUGGAUCAUUUGAUAAUGAUUCACAUGAGGCGGCUAUUGGGAUAGUUAUUACUAAUGCUCAUGGACAGAUUUGCGAUGGACGGGCAGGUAGGGUCAUUUGUUCAUCCCCGAUUGAGGCUGAGGCUCAUGCUCUCUUGGAAGCAUGCUCUUUGGCAAAACUUGACAGCUCCUCGACGAUUAUCUUUUCGAACUGUAAAUCUCUUGUCGAUGCCCUAAGUGGUGAGCCUUCAUCGUGGCCAUGGCGAUGUUUUGCUCAUCUUUCAUCCAUCGUUCAUAUCCUUAGAGAGGCGAAUUGGAUCAGCAUCAAGUUUGUCAAUCGCCAACACAACAAGAACGCGGAUUGGGUUGCCCGUAAUGCUCGUCUUAAUACUCUCCCACCCAAUUGGACCACGAUCCUUAGCAUUGUAUCUCCCUUGUUGUAA